UGCUCACAUCGCAGUAGCAGUUUGUUACAAAAUACUUUCUAUAUCAAGCAUAAUGACCUACAAUUGAUUAGAAUUGCGGUGCAUGGUCAACCGCCACUAAAUGCCUAAUUCUGCCAUCCCCAACACUUCCGACACUUCCGACACUUCCGUCUUUACCGGUUCACGAUGUCCCUUACCCUUAAGAUUACCUCACUCUUCGUGAGGACGUUGGCGAAGCCGAUGGCUAAUGCGAUUAAGCGAAAUGCUCACGAGCACGAACGAUUCCGAAAGCUAUGUGUACGCUUCGCCCAGAGUCUUCACCGGAUCGAUAUGCGGAUGCGACUAGGCUUACUUCAGGAUCCCGCCGUCAUCGACCGACAAAUUGCGAAGGAGGUAGCGGCAGCAGAGGCGGCGCGAAAGAAGGCUCAAAUACCGACAGUGAAGACAGAAGCACGGAUGAAAGCCGAAGAAGCCAUGUCAGAAAAAGAGAAGGAAGCAAUCAGGAAAAAGGCAGAAGCAGCUCACAAGCCUCCACGGAUUCGACCGCUGUCGGAAGCAAAGGCCAUCGAGACUGGUGCGAACUUCGCUGCGGAGACAUUCAUAUUCACGGUUGGUAUUGGGGUUAUUGUAUUUGAGCAGUGGAGGCAGAGGAGGAAGGCCCGGAACCAAAGAGGUGGUCUGGAAGACAAGUUAGAAGAUUUACAGACCGAGCUCAAGGCAGUAAAGGCCGAGCUGGACGAAGUGAAAGCACGACAGUCACUGGCCGGAAAUGGGAAUCUACCCGGCCUUCGGAAAGGAAAAGCAGAACCACAUCUAUUCGAUCCAGACUCGCGUGUCGACCACAGAGCGCAAUCUAAACUGGAACCGGCAGUCUCCCCCCCAUUGUCGACAGUGGAACAAAAGACUGUGAAAUAGUAUGUCGAGGCAGGAAGUGAAGGCAUCUUUCUGUAUCUUCUUCCCUUUGGACUUUUCUCGACAGUCACCUUCUUGCCAUAGACGUCGGUCAAGCUGGACGCCGGUAUGUGCGGCAUUUCAGCCUGCAUUGUACAUUCUCCUCUCACGAUACCCUUUCUAAACUUGGAUUCUAUAUAGAUGGCCACGACAGCGACACUCCCCUUUUUGCACUAACUUGCGUGGGGAACUCUUUAACUUUCUAACCUCAACAAAGUUCUCUCGAACUUAAGAAAGGAGGGACGAACAAACACCACAGUUAGACAAAACAAAAUAUUAGCUAUGUACAACUAUGACUUCCAAA